AUGAAAUUGCUCGUGGUAGCCGCUGUCCUCGGUGUCUGCUUAGCAGACCGCCUUGACAACAAAUACCUCCCUCCCAGAGGAAACGCUGGUGCUGGCGGUUUCGGCCCUGGCUUCGGUGCUGCCGGUGCCCCUGGCUUUGGUAAAGCCGGUGGUGGUUUCGGUGGAGCUGGUGGCGCAGGAGGUUUCGGCGCUGGUGGUGCCGGUGGAUUUGGCGCUGGUGGUCGUGGAGCCGGUGGUGCUGGAGGCUACGGCGGCGCUGGUUCUGGUUUUGGUGGCGCAGGAGCAGGAGGUGCUGGAUCUGGAUUCGGUGGCACCCAAUACUCUGGAAACGCAUACAAUGCCGCUGCCGGUGGACAGUACAACGCUCGUGGUGGUAACUCCGCUGACGCCAACGCUCAGAUCCUCAAACUGAACAGCGAAGUGACUGCUGAAGGAUUCUCUUACGACUUCGAAACCUCAAACGGUAUCCGUGCUGACGCUCGUGGUGUUGCUACCAACGGAGUCCAGUCUCAGGGAAGCUUCGCGUACAAGGGUGAUGAUGGCCAGGACUACAGCAUCUCAUACACUGCUGAUGAGAACGGUUACCAGCCCCAGGGUGCUCAUCUGCCAACUCCUCCCCCGAUCCCAGAAGAGAUCCUGAAGUCUCUGGAGCAGAACGCCCGUGAUGAGGCUGCUGGCAUCGUUGAUGAUGGCACCUACCGCGGUGAAGGUGCGGGCGCUGGCAACGGAUACUCAUCUGGACCCGCUGGUGGUUACUCCGGCGCUGGUGCUGGUGGUGCUGGAUCUGGUUUCGGCGCUGGCGGUGCUGGUUCCGGUUUCGGUGGUGGUGCUGGCGGUUUCGGAGGAGCUGGUGCUGGCCGUGGUUCUGGAGCUGGUGGUUUUGGAGGUGCUGCGUCCCGUCAAUACCUCGCCCCCAACGCUGGAGGCCGUGGCUCCGGAUCAGGAAACUUUAACUCUCAGACUGGUUACCGAUACUAA